AUGACUGUCCCUGUUCAGGAAAUUGAAACUCAUCGCUUCGACAAAUGGCGGAAAGACCUUGGUCUUCGCAAGCUACUAGCAUGGCAGGCUACAAUUCUUCUAUCACAAAUGACCACCGGCUACGAUGAAAGUGUGGUCGGAAGUUUCCAGUCCAUGAAGCCUUGGGUUAAAGAUAUGGGGAGCCCCGAUCCAUCCAAAAUCGGACUCAUCACAGCUAUUGUCUUUGUUGGGGGUUUUGUCGGUGCUCUGGUUGCCUCACCCACUGCGGACUACUUCGGGCGACGAGUAGGCAUGUUUGUUGGAUCAAGCUUGACGUUCGUGGGAACUAUCAUCCAAACAGCUGCACAAAAUGCUGGUAUGUUUAUUGGCGGUCGCUUUUUGAUUGGCUUUGGAAUUAGCUUCACAUGUAUUGCUGGUCCCUCACUGCUCUUCGAACUGGCCCAUCCGGCGAUGCGUGGCACAAUAUCUUCUUUGUUCAACGUACUUUGGUACGUUGGCUCCAUCAUAGCGGCAUGGACAACGUUCGGCACGGGAUACAUGUCCACCAGCUGGUCAUGGCGUAUACCGUCGCUCAUUCAGGGAGUUCCCGCACUCUUCGUCAUGUUAUCCGUUCUUUGUGGUCUGCCCGAAAGUCCGAGAUGGCUUUGUUCAAACAAUCGCGUGGAAGAAGCCCGACAACUGCUUGCAAAUUACCAUAGCAACGGCAAUUUGCAUUCAGCUCUUGUGAUUCAUGAAAUGGAAGAGAUACAUACCUUGUUGGAGACUGAAGCAGCCGUCCAAAAGAGUGGUCAAAAUAGCUGGAGUAUCCUCUACACGUCGCCAGCAAAUAGGAAACGAAUUGCCCUGGUGUGUACCGUUGCCCUCCUGACGCUCUGGAACGGUCAGGGCGUAAUCGCAUACUACUUCAGCCCUAUCUUGACUAGCAUUGGUAUCACCUCUACACCCCAGCAAACCGGCAUCAACGGUGGUUUGCAGAUAUGGAAUCUGUUUCUCUCCCUAGCAGGAGCUCUGCUAGCGGACCGAAUCGGCAGACGAACUCUCUGGUUGACCUCAUUCAUCGGGAUGAUCAUCGUCAACGUCCCAUUGACUAUAUCAUCGGCCAUGUAUGCCCAACAUGGAUUCAAGGGAGCCUCGUUGGCCGUUGUUGUAUUUCUUUUUCUCUAUAACGCGGCCUUUAAUUUGGCUAACAACCCACUUCUUUAUUGCUAUCCAACGGAGCUUCUGCCGUUUGCAAUUCGGGCCAAGGGUUUGAGUAUUCAAGUGGCUGUCUCACAAGCAGCACUUACUGUCAACCAAUAUGUUAAUCCCAUUGCACUGGAUAGCAUUGGAUUUUACUACUAUAUUUUCUACCUGGGAAUGCUUCUACUUGGUACUUUGAUAAUAUUUUUCACGUUUCCAGAAACGAAAGGAAAGACUGAAGUUGGGCUCGCUGCUCUUUUCGAAGAUCCCAAAUUGAAUCGCGCCGACCCAGUAAUGCUCGAGGGGUUGGAAGCCGGAUUCGAUCACUAUCCAAAGUCCUGUGAAAAGAGUGCUGUGAUUACCAAGAAUGAGGCGUCGAAUUCACUGUGA